AUGUUCUUGCACAGCCCCAAACCCCCGCUCGCGCGAGGUGUGGUGGCUGCAGGGGCUGUUGGGGGUUCUUUCCUUUGUCUCCCUCUUAGCAAAGCGUUGGCGGUGAACCUGGGCGGAGCGGGUCUGAUGGCCACAAUGCUUGAAGAAGAUGUUUGUAUUUGGUAUUGGAUAAACAUAAUGGUGGAUACAACUCUGGGCGUUUAUGUCCAGUACAUGCUGCUUCGAGGCGCGCGCCGCCUUUUUAAGGGCGCGAAAUGCCUGGAGUACGGCUCCUACGGCUCCCCCCCCCGCUGGUCUGCCUGUCUGUCCCAAGCCCUUUCUUGGCAGGCCUUUUGUCUCUUCAUGAAGAUCUUCGCAAGUGCCUUUAUGUUGGCUUUGCAAGAGCCCCUAGGCGAGCUAGGGGCUUCCCUUGACGCAAAUCCAAAUGCAAAGCUGUUUGUAGUGAUGGUGGCGACGCCUCUAGUGAUGAACUCUCUUCAGUACUGGCUGACGGACAGCUUUAUAAAAAGAAGAAACCCCCCCAAGCGUGCUGCAGCCGCGAGAUACCCAUUUAUGACGUUGUGCAAACAGCAGGGGAUAUUCCCAGCAGCAGCAGCCGCCGCGAAUAAUGAAGUGUGCCCAAUACAGCAGCAGCAGCAGCAGCAACAGCAGCAGCAGCAGCAGCAACAGCAGCGGCAGCAGAAGCAGCAGCAGCAGCAGAAUUGA